UUACCCCGAUGACGAGUCGCUUCCGGUUGGAGACGUGGCUUAUACUUCUGCCAUAUUGAGCCGCGGAGCAGUGCACUUGCAGAAAAAUACCUGUUAUAUUUAUUACUCCGUAGCAUUUAUACAACAACACAACCGCCAUCGAGAACAUUAAACGCGGGAAAGAAAACAGACACUGAAAAUGGUGCUGCUGGCAGCAGCGGUGUGCACCAAGGCAGGAAAAGCCCUGGUGUCACGGCAGUUUGUGGAGAUGACACGGACACGAGUUGAGGGUUUGCUGGCUGCUUUCCCCAAGCUGAUGAACACAGGCAAGCAGCAUACUUUUGUGGAGACAGAGAGUGUGCGUUACGUCUACCAGCCACUGGAGAAGCUCUACAUGGUGCUGGUUACCACCAAGAAUAGUAACAUACUGGAGGACCUGGAGACGCUGCGUCUCUUCUCACGUGUGAUUCCUGAAUAUUGUCGUGUCCUGGAGGAGAGUGAGAUUUCUGAGCACUGCUUUGACCUCAUCUUCGCCUUUGAUGAAAUUGUCGCCCUCGGUUACAGAGAAAAUGUCAACUUGGCUCAGAUACGGACAUUCACUGAGAUGGACUCUCAUGAGGAAAAGGUGUUCCGUGCUGUCAGAGAGACGCAGGAGCGCGAGGCUAAGGCAGAGAUGAGACGGAAGGCUAAAGAGCUUCAGCAAAUACGGCGUGAUGUCGAGCGGGGAAAAAAGGGUCCGGGCUUCGGUGGAUUCGGCAGCUCAGGCAUGAGCAACAGCAGCACAGCCGUCAUCACAGACACAUUGAUUGAGCCUGAGAAACCCAAACCCAUCUCUGCACCUGUCAGGUCCAGUGGACCAAGUAAAGCACUUAAACUGGUUGGCAAGGGUAAGGAAGUGGAUGACUUUGUGGACAAACUCAAGUCAGAGGGAGAGAAUAUCAUCUUGUCUGGCACAGGCAAAAGACCCUCAGAUGCAUCCAAAUCUCUACCUGCUCCAACACACACAGAAAGUGUGCACCUGCGAGUGGAGGACAAGAUCACCUUGACAUGUGGGCGCGAUGGUGGCCUGCAGAACAUGGAAGUGCUUGGGAUGAUUACUCUCAGAGUGUCUGACGAAAAGAAUGGGCGGAUUAGGCUGUAUGUCAACAAUAACGACAAGAGGGGCAUUCAAUUGCAGACUCAUCCCAAUGUGGACAAAAAGCUUUUCACAGCUGAGUCAGUGAUUGGUCUGAAGAACACAGACAAAUCCUUCCCAAUGAAAAGUGAUGUGGGUGUGCUCAAAUGGAGACUACAGACCACAGAUGAAUCUCUUAUACCUCUAACAAUAAACUGCUGGCCCUCUGAAAGUGGUACUGGCUGUGAUGUAAACAUUGAAUAUGAGCUACAGGACGAAUCUCUGGAACUCAAUGAUGUAGCCAUCUCUAUUCCUGUACCGUCAGGGGUUGGAGCUCCUGUGAUUGGUGAUCUAGAUGGAGAAUAUCGUCAUGACAACAGACGGAAUGUUCUGGAGUGGUGUCUGCCUGUGAUUGAUGUGAAGAAUAAAACCGGUAGCCUUGAGUUCAGCAUACCUGGCCAACCCAAUGACUUUUUCCCUGUUAGUGUCACAUUUGUCUCUAAGAGCAACUUCUGUGACAUUCAGGUCACCAAGGUGUCUCAGGUGGAUGGGGACAGUCCGGUUCGGUUCUCCACAGAAACAUCAUUUUUGGUCGACAAGUAUGAAAUACUGUAGAAGGAAACAUCACUGACGCAAUUCAACCCAACUUGACAGAAGAGCAAAUAAAUGGACUGAAAACAUUCAUAUAAAUACAAGAAGGGAGAGACAUGCAAAUGGAGGGCCGAUGCAAUCUUUAUCAUCUUUGGCAGUACUUUAUCAGGAUUCUCCUUUUUUCUUCUUCAAAAAACAAAACAAAAACCAUUGUCCUUUUGGCCCUUGCUGGCAGUAUUAGCUGUACUUGUAACAAAUUUGUUUAAAAAAGCAAAAACAAAAAACAAUCAUGAUGACAGUGAGGUUUGGGGCUUAACUGGGGACUGUAUCAGAAAGGGUGUGGGCAGGUGGGGAUCUAUUUAUUUAAAGGUAUCGUGGCAGUAAUAAGGUACAUCUCACUGAUACUCUAUGGGUAUGAAAUUGACUGUUGAUAUAACUCCACUGUAAGGGUAAAGUCAGGUUGCUUGUGUUUUUCUUUUCUGUUUUUGGCUUGAACAUUUUUUAACUAACUUCUUUAAAACACUAGAAGAGAGUCAAGGGCUUCUUUUUUCCUUAAUCGCAGCCUGUGUCUGAUCCAUGGUUGUUGUACCUUGCUUGUCCAUAUCUUGACAUGCACUGUUGUCUUUGUUUUGUCUCUGUUUUGUCAUUCAAGCCUUGUUGUUUUCCAGAAAUAUAUAUUUUACUCGUGUUUCAAUCUGUUGACAUGUUAAAGAACUUGUUUUUUUUUACUCUUGACUAGCCUGGUGUUUUCCUGCUUUUAAAUCAUGUUGUAGUGUAGUAAGGGAUAGUUAACCCAAAAAUGUAAUUUACUCACCCCUGUGCCAUCCCAGAAGUGUAUGAUUUUCUUUCUACAGCAGAACACAAACCGAGAUUUUUAGAAGAAUAUCUCAGCUCUGUAGGUCCAUACAAGGGAAGUGAAUGGUGACCAGACCUUUCAAGCUACAAAGAUCACAUAAAAAUAAUCCAUGUGACUCCCAGUGGUUAAAUCUGUCUCCAGAAACAAUAAAUAUUGAUCCAUUUCUCACCCACAUCUAUUUUAAACAUUCUGAAAGUGAAAGUGGAGAUUUAUAGUAAAACAGCAUUGCAAUAUUUAUCUGUUUCUCACCCAAAGUGAUUGCAUCACUACUGAAAAUAUACAUUAUACCAAUGGAGUUACUUUUAUGCUGUCUUUAUUUGGUUUUUGGAGCUUCAAAGUUCUGGACACAGUUCACCUGCAGCAACAGAGCUGACAUAUUUUUCCAAAAAUCAUUGUGUUCAGCAGAAGAAAGUCAUACACAUCUGUGAUGGUAUGAGGGUGAAUAAAUGAUGAGUGCAUUAAAAUUUUUUGGUGAACUAUGCCUUUUAAGUAUCAAAAUACGAGAUGCUGAAAAAUGUCAAUUUGAUCAAUUCUGAUGGCAAAAAAAAUCUAGAGCCAUUAAAUAUUUAUUACAGUGAUCAGAUUUGAUUCUUAUAAUAAUGUGAUGGAUGUUACUAAACUGAAAACUUUGGAGGCAGAGAAAAACGAUUAAUUUAGAAAUGUUUCCUGUUAUCUGAACGGCAUGUAUUGUUCAACAUUGCUUAAAGUUCAAUUUGGUUCAUUUCAUAUUUUGUAUUGAAGAAAAAACUACAGGUUUAGACUUUGACUUUGCUAAAACCUACUACUAAAUGGCAACCAGCUCACCCUCCAUCUGAAAUGUUUGUAUUUAGCUAGUGGAGGUUCAGGACCUGUCUUUUGACUGUCAGUGAUUGUGAAUAGGUUUCAGGGAGGGACCUCUGGUCUCCAAUCAGCAUUGAGUGAUUCCCAGUCUGUGAAGCCAUCAGCUCAACCAUCAAUCUCACAUUAAACCCCACAUAACCUCACUGAAAAGCAAUUGAAGAGGUCUCCCUUUAUCUAUUUCUUCCCAAUAAUGUAUUGAAUGCAUCUGCAUAGUUUGGUUAUGGGAUGGGCAUAUUCAAUGUUAUUGUUGAUCUUUUUCAUUGUUUUUUUGUUCAUUUUUGAUGGAAUCAUAAUGUGGAUUGGGGAAGGUAGAAAGACACCUGAGUUAAUUGUUUGUAAUCUUGUAAAAAUAAUGAAUAAGGCAUUCUUGAUGAAUAACAUUCCAAUGUAAACUUUUGACAAAAAUCAUUAAAGAGUUUACAA